GCCCCUCCCUCUCGCAUCACAUCCUGCCCCACGUCCUCACAACCUUCAAAACCAGGAACUUUUGGACCAAGCUGCAAGAUGAACAAGACACUCCUCACGAUGUUCGCUGGGCCGUUGCUGCUCGCCCUAGCCGUCUCCUCUGCCUCGGACGGAGGAUCCUGCUCCACAUACGAUGAGGAUCUAGAAGUCGCGAAACUCCUCGACGGCACGUGCGAAUGGGACACCUACAUGUGCUGCUAUACCAACCACGACUCAGGAGAGGGGGUGACCGCGAACACCGAUGUUUGCAGCGUACCGAGCGAGGGCCUCGAAAUGCCCGGCGACUCGGAGGGUCCCGUGUACUGCCACGGCUUCGCCUGGCCGGAAGGCGCAGACGUCAACAACCACAUCCUUCCCCUGUACCAUUAUGUGAAGAACAUUGGCCGCACCGAAGAAGAAGGGGGUUACUACGGAAACGUGGAAGGAGCGCCGGAAUGCGGGUGCAUCGAAGAAAUGCCACAAGUGUCUUUCGCAGAGUGCUCCAGGUUCUCUAUCGACGGGAUCGGUGAGUGCGGAGAAGGCGGGCUGUACAGCCAAUACAACGGCCGCCUGGACGCGCCCUACGGUGAGAUGGAACACAACCUGGUGAGGUCUUGCGACAACGCCUAACUGCCCGGUGAGGCAGAGGGCCGGGAGGGCAAGUUCGCGGCGUGCGCGAACAACGACCUCCGUAACCGCUACGAAAAGUGUACCCCGCGGGGAAGCUCGACAACUUCGUCGGCGACUGCGACAACGCCUAGUCGACCCCGGUCCAUGGCAGAGGAUGAGGAUUACUUCAUGGUUGCGGCUGGGAAUGCUAGUAGGCAGAAUUGAGAACUAGACUCCACUCGUAGAUGCAAGCAUCGAGACGUUGUUGAUGCGCAGGCUGGUGCCGUUAAGAGAUUUGGGUCUUCCUAGUUGUGCGUGUGGAGUGGGGUGAGUCCAUUGGAAGUCUUGCAGCGAAAAACAUUUCCACGGUACAGUGCAGAUGCAGGGAAUACCGUGCUCUCCCGUGGGGUUUCCUGGACAUCCAUGGCCUUGUUUCUUUUUGGAGCUGGGUGAACUUGAGCGGGUCGGGAUGCUGAACGGGUACCGAUGGUACGAGACCCGCAUGCAGGAAUGGGUCGAGUCGAAAUUGGUCUCUUGCACGGCGGUAGGAUCUGCUUGAUGGGUUUCGUUCCCGCAGGAUUUUACCGAGGCUAUGGUAACACAUGUAAAUUACUUUAUGUCCUAUUUCGAACAUUUAAUUGCUCUCGUUGCGCGCUGAUCGUGUUCGAUUUGCUCGUUUGUUCGUUGUCCAUUUUUGAGCGAAGUUGUGGUAGUGUUUUUAUUUGUGUGGUGGUCGGGAACUGCUGUUGUCAGUUUUGGUCAAACAUUAAGAAGCUGUUACGCAACA